UGCAGAUUCACCCUCGACGUGACCACUUUACCGACUCGGGACGCGCAGUCUUAGUAGACAGAGUCGCUAGCUUUCAUCAGUGCUCCUUCUUUUCCGUAUCGCUAUUAUGCAGCUCCCUGCGCGCUUCAUCUCCUUAUCGCUCCUCCUCUCCGCGCCCGCGCUUGUCUAUGGCUGGUCCUGGACAGGCCACGAGCUGAUUGCUGAUAUUGCACAAGACUUCCUUACCCCCAAUGCCAGCGCCAAGAUUUCAGAGAUGCUUGGCGGUCGACCUCUCUCCAGUAUCGCUGCAUGGGCUGAUACCAUCCACUGGAUGCCACGCUACCAAUUCUCAGGGCGCUUGCACUAUUUUGACUAUGAAGGGGUCAACCCACCAGAAUCGUGCCGGUUCGAGUGGCAUGCGCCAGGAGGACAGGAGGUCAUUGCCGCUGUGCACAAUUAUACAGCUAGGCUGAUCGAUGCCGAGGAUGGAACAUGGACGCAACAGGAGAGUCUGCGCUUUUUGGUGCAUUUUAUCGAAGAUACCCAUCAACCCCUUCACCUCUGUGGUCGUGCUCGAGGUGGCAACGACUACUUUGUCAAGUUUGAGAACCGCAAAGCCAAGCUGCAUCAAGUCUGGGAUGGGCUCGCACUCAUGAAACGCAUGAAGCAAGUCUAUGCCUCUCGGCAUGCUUUGCAGCUGCAGCAGCAGCUAGCUGACGAGCAAGACAACGAUGUUCAGGCAUCAGAUGACUAUGUCCAUCAACUCACGGCUGUCUACAAGCACUAUAUUCUUCAGUUGAUGCAGGAAACGCUGUAUGCCAGCCAACACAAGACCUGGCUGCUCUGCCCGAGCAAUACCGUCAAUCCACAAUAUGGAUGCCCUGAAAUUUGGUCAAAGGAGACGGCCCAACUCAACUGUGAUUAUGUGUGGCGCGAUGCGCUCGAGUGGCCUCAGGUAUCGCCUGAUGCGUACUGGGAGCGUAUUGAAAGGGAUGCCGUGAUUGAAGUCCAGGUGAUGAAGGCUUCCUGGCGACUUGCGGCGAUUUUGAAUGCUGUGUUUGAGACGAUGCUGGCAUGAUCUUUGUCUGUCUUUGUUCCUGGAUUAUGUCCCUUCUCUGUCUAUAGUCCCCAUCCAAGGCCUGUCCAUCUCUCCCUGGUCCAUCCUCCCCUGCUUCUCUCUCUCUUUGCUUCUCCUCCACAAA